GAUAUUAGCGCGGUCGAUGUCAAGACGGCAGUACAACAAAUAUCUCCUUACUUAGAGGACUACACAAGCAACGAUGCACGUCAGGUCAUCUACUUCGACGGAUGGUAUGGACUGGGUGCUUCUGCGGUGCUUAGAGCUAUUGUAGAGCAGCCUACACCAUCUUUACGAGAGAAAUUCGACAGGAUCAUCCACAUUGACUAUUCGAUGUGGAAGAGCCGAAGAGCAUUGCAAAGGGUGAUCGCAGACGAGCUCAAGCUCACUCAACAGGUAGCGGUUGAUUUUGACAGGCACGAUGAGGAGGACGAUUUCAGUGGGGUAGACCAUGGCUCCAGAGCUGAGGUUAGAGGCGUCAUGGCCGCAAUAACUCGUUACCUAGUACAGUACAGAUGUUUAGUUGUCUUUCACAAUGGAAGUGAUGGCAUGGUUGACUUGACUAGCUGUGGCAUUCCGCAACCUGAAAUCUUCAAUACUAAGGUAUUGUGGACCUUCAGAGGACGGCUUCGCCUCAAUGCAGGAAUUCAUGAAAACGUAGAUGCUUCACACCUUUAUCUUUUUGCAUACCAUGGCCGUAACAGCAAUUGGAAUGCACACCUUGCAAAAGAGGCUAGAGAAGUCUCUUUGUACACACAUAAGCUUGGCCUUGGUGUUACACCAAAAAUAGCCAUAGAGUGUUGCUUGUACCUAUUGUCAUUGAAUAACCAAGGUAAGAAGAUGAUUGACUACAACUGGGCAACCCAUGCUUCCUGCUACUGGGUUUGCGAUGGGAUCAUAGGAGGAGGACAGGACAACCAGAAAUGGGAGGUUGCUCAUGCUCUGCAGCAGCAUAUAAGACUAGAAGACUACUCAUCCAAUGUAGAGCUUCUGGGGUCUGUGAACAUGUUGGAUCUUUCCUCGAAACAAUGGAUUUCUAUUACUGAUUCAUAUUUCAAAGAGGUUCCUCCAGAGGCAACAACCCUAUUCUAUGGAUCCAAAAAGUCAAGUCCACAAGCAGUAUCACUACCUAGUGACAAGUUCCACAAAGCAGAUCAACUCCGGGUGCUGAAGUUAUGUGGAUGUACCUUCAGCUUUUCAUCACCUCCAUUCCAUUGCUGCCACAACUUAAGAUUCCUUGGACUGGAUAGAUGCAUGGAUGGACUACAACAUGGGGAGGAGGAGGAGGAGGAGAAAACAGUGAACCAAUGUGGAAAUUUUUCAAUGCUAUGGGUGCUAGAUGUAUGCCACACGGAUUGGCCAUUGGCUUUUCCCCAAAUCAACCUUGCAUGGAGACGCCUGCCGAACCUUCACAAGCUCCAAGUGGUUGAGCCCACAAACCCUUGGGAGACAGAAAGAAGAGAUGAAUUCAUGGCUAUGGUGAAUCUGGAGCUCCUUGACCUAUCUGGGAACAGCACCAUACAAGUCUUGCCGAGCCUUUCGGGUGCAACAAGCCUCAAGACACUGAUUCUAGAUGGUUGUGUUGGGUUGGAGCAUGUUGGCCCUCAACAACUCCCUCCAUCACUUGAAUCAUUCUCAUUGAAUACCGCAGGAGAAGAUGAGGAUCUCAAGAAGAAGAAUGUUGAAAUAUCUUACAUCAGCUUGGCUGGGUGUCUCCGCUCAAUUUCUUGGCCCAAAACCAAAAUGUACAAACUAAGGCUGCUGUGCAUUGACACUCGAGCAAGAGGAGGAGAGGUGGACAACAGAAAACCAGCAUGGUCACGUGAUUGUUCUUUGAUGGUCUACCGGCAAGACGAAGUAAAGGAGUAUUGCCAUGCAUCUGUUGCCGUUGCAGACAUGAGGUUCCUUCAGUCCUUGGAGUUUCUUUGGACAUGGGCACGCAUUAUUCGAUGUGAUAAGUGGAAUCUCUGCUUGUCAUCUACCAGCGAUGAUGAUGGAAGAGGCUGCCACAAGGAAAAGAUGGGCAGUCAUUAUAGCACUGGACAGCUAGCUGCUGCUUUGUCUAUGCCCAAGUCAUUAACCUACCAUGACAUCAGCAUUGAACAGAUAUCUGCAAAGAUCGAUAUCAGCAGUAGCAGCAGCUCAGCGCAAUUUCUGCCACUAGACUUGCACAUGGACAUUGGCGAGGGAAUUAGUGACGUCACCGACAAGUCCAGCACGCGGGCAAGGGAUGCAAUACGUAGUGUGAUGGACAGUGUGCAGUCGUUGCACGUGCACGACAGUUCUUCCAUCACCAGUGUUGCCCCUGAACACACUUUUGGGACAUAUAUCUCUAUAAUGAAUGGGCUCAAGUGGUGCUGCGUGGAGAGAUGCCCCAAGUUGGAUACUGUCUUCGCCACUAACUAUUAUUACAUAUGUUUCUCUCAGUUGGAAAUCUUUUGGGCGGCUCAUCUCUUGAUGGCCCGUUCUGUUUGGAGCAGACCAAGAGAUCUAAGUUUGGAUUCAGGUGAUUUAUCAUUUACACGACUGCGGACUAUUCGUCUGCACUUCUGCCCGAGGCUCAUAUAUGUCCUCCCAAUGGCUUCGAACAAUACCUUAUCCAAGGUGCUGGAGACUCUCCACAUACACUGCUGCGGUGAUCUCAAGCAGGUCUUCCUCGUGGAGCAAGAGUUCCUAGAGAAAAUAGCGGCCAGACAUGAAAAAGGCAUGCUGGGAUUCCCAAACCUCAAGAGCCUAUACCUGUAUGAUCUCAUCAGUUUGCAACAGAUCUGUGAGGCCAAGAUGUUUGCUCCCAAGCUCGAGACCAUCUAUAUCAGAGGCUGCUGGGGUCUGAGGCGUCUCCCGGCCACUGACAGUCGCCGCCGUGAAGAUGGCCGCCCUGUGGCCGUGGACUGCGAGAAGGAUUGGUGGGAUAAGCUGGAGUGGGAUGGGAUGGAGUCUGGCCACCACCCCUCUCUCUUCCAGCCGAGCCAUUCCAAGUACUACAAGAGGCGUCACCUGAGGAGCACGGUUCUCCGCUGA